AUGGCAGCCGACGUUUGCGCUGAGCAGCUGCCGUCAACAUCAUAUGCGACCGCAGCGACAAUUUCAUCAUCCUCAACCACAUCAAUUAUGCAAGUUUCGCAAGCAGUGGUCAAGGUAGCAACAUCGACCAAUCUUCUUCUGGAAUCAUGUUAUAUGAGCCAAAAUGCAUCUUCAUCCUCAUUUAACUAUCACCAGGAUAAUGAAGAAGUUGGAACAACAUUCGCAAUAUCAUCGUUACCUCCUGAAAUACAUCUGCAUAUUUUGAAGCAUUUACCACGAUAUGAUAUUGAUAACUGUCGAUUUGUCUGCAAAAGAUGGAAGGAAAUGAUCGAUCGUAACAAUCAUUCACUCAGGAAACAUCUCGUACAAAUGCUCGAACUUCGGGAAUACAAAUCUCGAUUCAUCCUCACUUUAAAUUGUUCAAAUAUCUUGAAAAGUUGGACAUUUUGCGAACAUAUUACAAAUCGCUUGCCUUUCCGCCUUGGAAAACGACGACGUACCAGAACUUUAACAACAUUUGACAAUAAUGAAGAAGAGCAGCAGCAACGAUAUAAUGUGAAUGAGCAGGAACAGCAACAACAACAACAACGACGAUCUGCAGCAAAAUUACCUCAUCUGCUUAUUUGUGUAGGACAGGCUUCUCCAUCUAAUUCUUACCUACCUGUCUUACUGCCGAAUAUAUCAAAUGAGAGUAAUUGGCAUACGGAGGAUCACGAUGAACGAAAGCGGCAAGAACAUACACCAUCACAAUUGUUAUGCGAACGAAUUGCGAAAUAUUUCCGUGAAGCGGAUAUUCAUUUUUUAAGAUUAACUGAAAUGCGAUUUACGGAUCGUUUCGUAGAUCGUCUUUUAGAAGUUUUUGGAACAUGUAAAAUACGAUGUAGAAAAGUGGAAAUAAGCAUGUGCAAGCUAACUUAUGUAUCUCCAAAGAAAUUCCAUCAAUUUCUUCAUUUGAUUGAAUGUCAGAAAUUAUCACUCAUUUGGUUACGCGGUAAUCAUGGUCAUAUAAAUAAUUCUCGACAAUUCCUUUCUGAAUUUCUUAGUCUUAGCUUUUUGAGCAUUUUUGCUCUUACACCUCAGACAGCCAUUGGUGAUGAUCAAUUCCUGGCUAAUUUUCUGGAAGGCAAAGCUACGAAAUGUUUGGAACAAACUGUUCUUCGAAUAGAUAAUAGUGCAAUCACUACAAAUGGAUUCUGUCGAGCUAUUGAAAAAUGGAAACAAACCAGUGUACGUUGGAUUCUGAAUCUUUGUGUAGGCUCGGAACACAUUGAUAUUGAUGAUCUUUUGAAGCAGUUAUCGUUGAACCAAAGUAAACCACGACAAGGUGCAUUCCGAAUACCUCAUCCACAACUAACUGAUGAAGCGCUUUUAUUGUGGGAUGAUAAAGAUGGUUUGCAUAUAGCUAGCAGUGGAAAAUCGAUUUCCUAA